AUGGAAUCUGGAUCUAAAAUGAACAAUAAUAAUUUUAGUUUCUUUUUUUCUGAAUCAAAUCCGAGUAGAACUGAGUGUGAAGCUCCGUCGGUAUUACCAUCGUGUUAUAUUUAUGAUGAAGAUAUAGAUGAUAGUUUGAAUGAAUGGAAGUUUAGUUUAAUUGGUAGACUGGAUUUCGUCAAGAUGAAAUUUGUUGCUGCUGAAGAGUCUUUAAGAAAACAAUGGAAAACUUCGGGUAAUUAUCAAUUGAUACCUCUUCGAAAAGGAUUUUUCAUUAUUACACUUGCUAAUGAAGUUGAUAUGAAGUAUAUUUGGAAUGGGUUUUGGAAGGUGGAAUCUCAAAUCCUCAAACUGCGAUUUUGGGAACCAAAUUUCAACCCUGCUGCUCAGAAGACAACUACUGCUUUUGUUUGGAUUAACUUUCCUGGUCUAGGAAUUGAAUAUUGGAAGGAGAAAAAUCUUAUGUCUUUGGGUGAUACAUUUGGUAGAGCUAUAAAGGUGGAUGAAACAACUCUUAAAAGAGAAGUAGGUUAUUAUGCUAGUGUUCUUGUUGAAGUAGACUUGGCAAAUAAUAUACCUCAUCAUGUUUUAGUAAAAUCCAAAUAUGGAAGUUUUGAACAAGAAGUACAAAUACCAAAAUUACCAAGUUUUUGUAGUCAUUGCAAAGUGGUUGGACACUUAGGAAUAGUGUUCCAUUGGAGUUACAGAUACCACCAGCAUCAGGACGGACAGUUCAUAAAGCAAAGAGUAAAUGUUUUGUUGGUGGAGUUACAGAAGACAUGUAAUAGCUGA